GACAGUUUGUUAAUUGUUGAUCAGUUCGCUUAUUAGGGUUACAUUGGAAAAUUAAACUGAUUAAAACAACUAAUUCAUUUUCUGAAGAUCCCUCCCAUACCCUAGAAGCAGCAAAAACAGUAGAAGUUUGUUAUAUUUUAGACUCGAUCUACUGACUGAAAUCAGGUGUCACCAGAGGGUUCAAGAUGGACAAAAAAUCAUUUGACAUCGUCUUGGACGAAAUCAGAAAGUGUGUUUUGACAGAUCAGCGGAUCAAAGCUAUUGAACAGGUGCAUGGGUACUUCACUAGUGAACAGGUGAUUGACAUACUCAAGUACUUCUCCUGGGCGGAGCCGCAGAUAAAGGCAGUAAAGGCACUGCAACAUAAAAUGGUUGCUAUCCCCACAACCAAAGUAGCCAACAUCCUCAACACCUUCACAUUUUCAAAGGACAAACUGAUUGUUUUGGAACUAAUUGCACUAAAUAUAUCUGAUGCACAGAACUACCGCCCUGUUGAGGAUUUGUUCCGCGUUCAUCUGUCUGAGAAGAAACGGGCCAGAAGAAUUCUGGAACAGGUUUGUAAGGUUGGAUGUAAAGCCCCCGUGGCGAUGAUCUCCUCAUGCGGAAUGAUUCCCGGAAAUCCUUACCCGAAAGGAAAACCAAGCCAAGUGACUGGCUCCUUCCCUGGAAUCUCUGCAAAAAAAGACGGCGAAGAGAUGAACGCGGAAGGCAAAGGAAUUGCUUCUCGAAUCAUUGGACCAAGCAAGCCGGCUCCAUCCACUUACAAUCCUCACAGGCCAGUGCCUUACCCUAUUCCGCCAUGCCGACCACAUCCUACCAUUGCUCCGAGUGCGUACAACAAUGCAGGAUUGGUGUCUUUAGGAGGGGUCAUUACUGCCAGCAUACCCCCUCCACCAUACACUGCCACUCCAAAGUCAGCAGCUUACGCUCGACCUGCCAGUCAACAAAACCCCUCCUCCAAUGCCUCUACCACACCCACAUUGUCACCGCACGGUUCCAACCCUUCGACACCAGUAACCUCUCAACCUUCCGCUCAGCCGCAACCCACCACUCCCAUCACCCCUGUUUUCCCUGGUCUGGUUCCCUCCCAAAAUCCAGUAGCACCCUCUCCUACCCCUUCCCCAGCUCCUGCCCAAUCUCCCUCUGUGAUUAAGGGCCCCCCAAUGCCUGCUGGUUCUCCACAUGUAGCUCCUAACCCUAGCGGCCAAACCACGCCUGUUCCCCCACCAUUUCCAGGGAUGCCUCCAUCCGGCACACCCACCCCUACAGUCAUUAAGGCUCAGACUCCUUCCAGCACUCCCUGCGGGACUCCUGUUCCUUGCACCCGCUUCUCCCCUUCCCCUUUUCCCGGAGCGUCCCGCUCAGGUACCUCGUCGGGAGCUCCCACUCCCACCCCGAGAGGAGUGACGGACCCUUUGCCCUCUCAGGCAAUGUCUGUUGGCGCUCCUCCGUAUAAGGGUCUCCCCCCUUCCUCCGAAUCUCAGCUGGCUCCCCCUUACCCUGGAGGACCUUCGCAAUCCCUCAAUCAGUCUACGUCCGUGAUCCGUAGCUACACCCCCUCAGGUUCCUCUGGCCUGCCGCCCGGAAACUCCACUCCCGGCAUGCAAGGCCACGGUGGCCUUCCGACCAGAGUGAUCCCCAGCCCCAAGCCUCCUGCGCAGCAAAGUAUGGGUAGUUCCACAGGGACCUUUCACAACGAACAGGCCCUGAGCUCUGUUUCACGUCCCGGGGGAAACAGCGGCACCAACAGCCCAGUCCCCUCUGCAUUCAAAGGCCCUUCCCGCUCUGGCACUCCCUCUCUCAGCUCUCUGGUGAUGCCGAACUCUGCUCCUCUCGCCCGCUCUCUGGGCUUGAGCCACACCUCGGGCUCCCCUCAGACUUCCCUGCCAAGUCAGGCAUCCAUUGGUGGGCUCCAAGGUCUUCCCCCUAACCUGGCCACCCAGCCCGGAGGCAGCCCUGUCCCACCGUUUCCAGGAAUUUCCCCGUUCCCGUCCCUCUCUUCUUCCUCUGCUUUCCCCAGUGGUCAGGCAGCUUCCUCUGUCCCUUCCAUGGCCCCUGCUGCUGGGCCGCUGCCCCCGUCUUCCUCUGUCUUCUCAGGCCUUGUCAACACAGGUGCCUCUUCCCCAUCCCCCUUCAGCCUUGGACUGACCACUGCCCCCUCCAUAUUCCCUGGCUUGCCCCCAGGGCCUAGCCCUGCCUUCCCAAGUUUCGGAAGCUCUGGCCCUCCUGCGGCAGGCAGCCCAGUUCUCUCCUCCUUUAUGGGACUCCCCGGCACCUCCUCGUCCGUGGCCACAGUGGCCACUCUCCCGGCGGCAGCAGUGGCAGCGGCUGCAGCAGCAGGAGUACCUUCCUCCUCUCCGGUGUUGCCUGGCUUUGCCUCAGCUUUUAGCUCCAACUUCAACCCUACUCUUGUGGGACAAGCAGGGCUGAGUAGUGGUCUUCAGGCCCCGAGCGGGGCUACGUUUCCCGGGCUGCUGUCAUUUCCAGGCAUGCCUGGCUUCUCUCCAAGCCCCUCUCCUGCAGCUCUGUCUGGUCUCCACAAUCCAGCUGUGCAAUCUGCUCUGCUUCAGGCUCACACAGCCUCAGCUUUGGAGAGUUACCCUCCUCAACCUAACGGAUUCACCAACUACCCACCUGCCCCAGGAUCCACGUUCCCCCUACAGCCCGGCCUGCACCCUCAGCUGGGCUGGCAGUGAUGACCCAAAACCCCUUGACCUGGAUCCCACGUCAUGGAGCCCAGAUGGGAGUGCACCCAGAACACAGGACCUCAUUCAGUGCGGACGUAGUUAACAGUUAUCAUUGAGAGUGUGCAUGCGUAUUCCAGGAAGAGAAAAGAGAGAGGGAGAGGGAGAAGGAUUGUUGCGUUGUGCUGAGUGGCAGAGCGCUCUCGCUCAUAGCAGCUUUUUAAAGAGGGGUUUUCUUUUUUUUUUUUUUUUUUGGAUCUGAGAAAGAGAAUCUAAAAAAGAAACAAACAAAAAAAAACCCUUCUGUUUGUGUCUGUGUACAUCUGUCUGGUUUCCUGAGGAAACUUAACCAGCAUUCAUUGCAUGGUUAGAGUCCCUUACUCUUGAAUGGAUGAUCAACAGACUCUGCUGUAGUAGUAGUGGUAGUAUUUUUAAAGAAAUAGAUCAUGCUAGUAUUUUAAAAGGUUGAUGAAUUUACAUUUCUUAAAUAAUAAUUUUUAUUUCAUUUUUUUAGAUCAUUUUAACUAUGGUUUAUGGUCUUUUUUAUUAUUAUUUGGUCAAACUUUGAUCAAAUGCAGUGUGCUCUUUAUGCUGUUUGAAUCUUUCUCCAGAACUGAUCUUUAUAAGACAGUGUGCAUAGGCUGGGAAUUGGGAAUAAGAACACGAAUGGGACAGGUGUGUUUGGGUUGAGUAGGAUUGAAAGGAGUCUGGGGUUAUUGUUUCUCUGCGUGU